AUGUCCGAGCACGAAAUGGAAAUGGACGAGGGCGACGACAUCUAUGAGCCCGAAGAGUCCAAGGAACAAGUCAAGGAGCCCAAGGCGGAGAAUGACGAUGAUAAGAAGGCAACAUCCAAGUCGGAGGAGCUUGAGGAGGGAGAAGAAGAGGACGAGGGCGGAGCGAUGGACGAGGACGAGGAUGACUCGGUGGGUAUUUGCACCACGCAAUCUGCUUUGAUGCUAACCAGGCCUGCCUUGCAGGACAUUGACAUCAUCACGGAGCGAAAAGAUGGCACAAAAGCUGCACCGCCGUCACAAGCAAAAUACAGCGAUAUCCGGAAUAUCCCCCAGCGGUCAACGUCCACAGACGCGACGGCGAAGGCGACAGCGGUGAGGAAGGAGGACGAGUCGAAGCCAUCGACGGCGUUGAACAUAGCAGCACCGAGCGCCGACCAAACGUCGGCGGCGGCGUCAAAGUCGACGGUUGACAUCAAUGCCAUCCCGACAUACCCGGCUGCUGGGAAGCCGAUAACGCAGGUCAACAUCGACGAAGGUUGGUGCGCUCCCUCGCAUGGCAUGGAAUGGCAGUGCACGGUCAGCGGUCGGCAGGCUAAAACGCACGAUGCAGAUCUUCCGGAUAACGACAAGCCGUGGCGGAAGCCAGGGACCGACAUCAGCGACUACUUCAACUAUGGCUUCGACGAGUUUACGUGGGCCCUGUACGCGGCCAAGCAGGAGAGCACACGAGGCGAGUUCGGUGCCGACGUAUUCGCCAGCAACAAUAAAAAGAUGAUGGACGAGUUCAACAGCAUGAUGAUGAUGGGCGGCAUGGGCAUGCCUGGAGCGGGUGGCGCCAACGCCGCAGGGGGCAUGGACGGCAUGGCUCCGGAAAUGCAAGCGAUGAUGCAGCAGAUGAUGGCGUCGGGCAUGGAUCCGUCGCAGAUGGACCCGAGCCAGAUGAACGCCAUGUUCUCGGGCAUGCAAAACGGCGCCGGCGGCGUGGGGCCUCAGGGCAACCAGGGGCAGAAUUUUGGUGGUGCUUUCGGAGGCAACCAAGGCGGCUAUGGAUAUGAUCCGGCCAUGGCCGCGCAAGGAGGUGGCGGACGCGGAGGCUUCGGCGGCGGUGGACGAGGACGUCGAGGCCGCUGGUGA